GAUUUUUGUCACUGGAUCAUCCUGACGCACGAGGAAAUCAAGGUUUGAAGGAUCAGAAUAUGGCUCUGCGUUGGGUGCAAAAGAACAUCGCCAAAUUCGGCGGAGAUCCUAAUCGAGUGACCAUACAAGGAGAGAGUGCUGGCGCAGUGUCGACAAGUUAUCAUUUAAUGUCAAAGAAAUCGAAAGGUCUGUUCCAAAAGGCCAUAGUUCAAAGCGGUUCUAGUUUGUGUCCUUGGGGAUACAAGUCACCAGCAGCUUCUCGUUGGACUAGCUAUGUUUUAGGUAAAAACAUGAAUAUUUCUGCGGACAACGACAACCAGCUGCUGAACGCACUGAAGAAGGCUGAUGUACGCGAUAUGAUCACUGUUGCAACUCCUAUGACCAAUGAAAACAUACCGCUUCCGCUCAGAAUAGCAUUCGUGCCUACCACCGAAAGUGGACCUGACGCAUUCGUAGAAGAUUGUCCUUUAUCAUACUUCGAGUCUGGAAACUUCAAUCAAGUGCCUACUAUGCUAGGCUAUACAGCACAAGAGUCAAUUUUGUACUCGCUAGGAUUGGAUUUUGAACGACAGAGCAUUCAAGCCAAGUUGCUGAGUGGAUCUUCACUUGUAGAUCUUACAGGUCACAACCACCUUUUCAUAAAUUCAAUGAACGCUAUUGUGAACGACACCGUGUGGGAAAUGAUAAAGGCUUCAUCAUUGUACGUCUUUUCUGGUCCAAUGGAUCUCAUGCAUAGGCUUUUGACCAAGAACCCUGGCCAUUUGCCUGUCUACUUCUAUCGACUGUCCUACGAUACAGAGUACAACUGGCACAGAGAAGUUAAUCCUAACAUUGGCGGUACGUCUCACGCUGACGAUCUUCCUAUGACGUUCUACUUUGAUGGGUAUCCCAAAGAUCCAAACCAUCCAAUUAAUGUUUACGCCAAGAAAGUCACGACAAUGUGGGUGAACUUCAUAAAAUACGGAAAUCCUACUCCAUUUGGAUUGAAAAUAAACGGAGCACGUUGGAUAGCUUCGGGAAAGCAGGGAAAGCAACUGGAUUUGAGAAACGAUAACUUCGUAAUGAGCGAUCGCUUCAUCGUUGACCGCGACGCGUUAGUUAUGGAGAAGUAUUACAAUGGUUUACCUGUUACAUCGGAAUGCAAGAAUUAUCAAUUGAGCACCUCGAGAGGUGUGUUUAACUGAGCCAUGCUGCCAACAGAUAUUCGGAAUAACUCUUGAAUGCAGGACUUUGCAUUAUAAGUAGUUUCAUUAAAAGGUUUAGUAUUGCGUUGAUGAUCAGUAUUAUAGAAACACUAAUCAUGGGAGGGGAAAUGGGCCCAAGUUCUACGAAGACUCUUCUGUUUAUUAUAAUUAUUUGUUAAUAUUCAACAUAUAAUGCAGAAGUAUUUUAUGCUAUUCAGUGGAAAUACAGAAUAAUGAAUAAAGAUAUUCUUGUUCAUCUCAGGCUAUUAAAAAUAAACUUUGAAAUUUUUCCAUACACGGAAUUCAGUGUUUGAAUGUUACUUAUGAUCUGAUUAUGUUGGCCCAAGUUUACAUGGCAUGGAAAAUAAAGUUGAUGUGAACCUAAUUUAAUUGCUACGAUUCAAAUACUCCUUCAAAGAAUAUCUGGUGUGUAAUAUUGCUGCUGAUACCUCUAUCAUUCUAAGUACACGGUCUGUCUAAAAAGAAACCGAACUUUUGCUAUUAAAAGAAGAAAGUACAAGUAAAGUUUUUACACACACCGUUAUUUACUCAAAAUAAUCUCCCUCUGCGUCAAUACAGCGUGUAGACCGCCUAAUUAACAUUUCGAAGGACCUUUGCAGCUCCUGUCUUGGUACCCCGUUAGUACGGUGGUUACAGCGGCCUGAAUCUUCGAAAUGUUGCUAUAAUGUGUCCGUUUCAUUGGAAUUUUCAAUUUUGGGAAAAGAAAAUAAUCGCAGGGAGACAGAUCAGGCGAGUAGGGUGAACGAUCCAAGGUAACAAUACCAAUUCCAAUGAAGGGACACAUUAUAGCAAUAUUUCGGAGAUUCAGGCCGCUGUAACCGCCGUACUAACGGGGUACCAAGACAGAAGCUGCAAAGGUCCUUCGAAAUGUUAAUUACGCGGUCUACAAGCUGUAUUGACGCAGAGGGAGAUUAUUUUGAGUAAAUAAACGUGUGUGUAAGAACUUUACUUGUACUUUUUUUUUUAUAGCAAAAGUUCGGUUUCUUUUUAGACAAACCGUGUAUGAAGGAAAUGUUAGAUACGAAAUAUUAUACAAUAGUUUCUACUUCUCGAUAUUCCAAUGAUAUUUUGCAUAAACUUACAAUUUUAUAUUUAAAAGGACGAAAUAAAAUAGAUUUAAACAUUA